GGAAAUUCGCAUCGCUGCUUGUCUUCUUCCCCGAUCCAAGUGUCCAACCAAGCAUUCGAUUGCUUCCUUCCUCGUCCUCCCCGUCCGCGUCGUCGUCUCCGUCGACCCACGAAACCUUAGAGAGGCGAGCGGCGAUGUUCGGGUACCAGAAGGCGCCGGACCUCGAGGCCGGCGGGCGGUCGGCGUUGCUGUACCCGGGGAUGACGGAGAGCCCCGACCUGCGGUGGGCGCUCGUCCGCAAGAUCUACGUCAUCCUCGCCGUCCAGCUCGCCAUGACCGCCGCCGUCGCCGCCUUCGUCGUCAAGGUGCGCGCCAUCUCCGAGUUCUUCGUCUCAUCCAACGCCGGGAUCGCGCUAUACAUCUUCCUCAUCAUCCUGCCCUUCAUUGUGCUGUGUCCUCUGCACUACUACCACCAGAAGCAUCCGGUCAAUCUGCUGCUGCUCGGCCUCUUCACCGUCGCCAUCAGCUUCGCCGUCGGCAUGACAUGCGCCUUCACCAGCGGUAAAAUCAUUUUGGAGGCUGCAAUUCUUACAGCAGUGGUGGUGAUCAGCCUGACUGCUUAUACUUUCUGGGCUGCAAAGAGAGGCCAUGACUUCAACUUCCUUGGCCCCUUCCUGUUUGCUGCUAUGAUGGUGCUCCUUGUGUUCUCCCUAAUCCAGAUCUUAUUCCCACUGGGCAAGAUCUCUGCGAUGAUAUAUGGUGGACUGGCAUCGCUUAUAUUCUGUGGCUACAUCAUCUAUGACACUGACAAUAUCAUCAAGCGCUACUCUUACGAUGAGUACAUAUGGGCUUCAGUGUCGCUCUACCUUGAUGUCAUCAACCUCUUCCUGUCUCUGUUGCAACUGUUGAGGGCAGCUAAUAGCUGAGCUCAUCAAGCCUUUUCGUUGAUCUAGUUCUCUUGUGUGUUUGUGUAUGCCACCAAUUCCUGAAUGUUCAUGGAUCCUUGUACUCCAAUUUAUCCGCCAAUUCUGGCGAUGCUUCCCUAGUUCAACUGUUAUAUACUGCUUAGCGGAUAAGGGAGACUUCAAUCAUUAUGUGUAUAGAACCUCCAAAAUUGUUCACCAGCUUUAGAUGUGAUGUUGCUUCGUUUCUUUGCA